GAGAAGACCCAACCUCUCCACUCCUCCACCUCUCCAAGUGCCGAUCGGAGGAGAGGAGAGAGACAGAGACAGAGAAGACCCCAAGACAGGAGAGAAAGGGAAAGAGAGAAAGAGAAAGAGAGUACCCCAAAAUUACUCUUCUCAAAGUUUAAAAGAUCAUAGAUAUUCGCAAAUCCACAAAUCCUAUUGAUAAAAAGGAUAAUACAACAACUGGAGGAUUUAAAGGGAGUUGAAUCCUAUAUUUGCAUUACACUGAAGGAUUUUAACCCCUCUGUCCUUCCUAUCCAAAAGAAAUCCUCCAGAAGCCACGAAUCCUAUUGAAAAAGGAUAAUUCAACCGUCAGAGGAUAUAGAAAGGGUUGAGUCCUAUAAUUGGAGGAUUUUGCUCUUUUGUCCUUCCUACCCAAGAACUAAUCCCACAACAGAAUCCACGAAUCUUGCUGAAAAAGGACAACUCGACAUCUGAAGGAUAUAUAACAGGGUUGAAUCUAAGGUUUCGAUCAUAGUACUGGACACAAACUCCUUUCUCCACCAAUAAAUAAGUUGGAUUUCCUGACGAGUGAAUUUUAUUUAUACUGAGUGGAUUUUUUUAUGAUUUUUAUAUUUGUGAGUCAGAGUUCAAGGUGGAUUAAGUGGAUGAAGAAGAUAUACUGAAGGAAAACAUAGGCGAUUACUUUUGUCAUCCACUUUGUCAUCCAUAUUUCAUCCACACAAGUUAACGGGCUGGUGGAUGGUUGAGCUCAUCCACAUCGAGUCAUCCACAGUGGUCCAGUCCUUGUCUCCACACCACUAAAGCAGAAAUGAAGAGGUGGUGGAGAGGAGCAUCAGCGGUGGUGGUGGUGGUGGUGGUCGGAGUGGUGGUGCAUCCCGCCGCCGCCGACGCCCACGGGCCCCAGCACCGCCGCGCCGCCCCGCCCGCCCCCUCGCCCCGCCGGCCGUCCUUCCUGCAGGGGCUGAGUGGCGGGGACGGGAGCAGCGUGCUGGGCAGCCUCCUGGAGCUGGCCGCUGACGACACACAGCAGCCGCCGCGGGAGGAUCAGCAGCCGGGGCCACAGGAAGGAGAGUCAUCACGACCACAGCAGCAAGAGAAACAACCUCAUCAGUCGCCGCCGCCACAAGAGGUGAGGUCCACGCCACAGGAGGAGAAGCAGCAGCAGGCGGGCAAGAAGCAAGAAGCAGGCGGCAAGGGCGGCAUGUCACCCAACGACGCCGCCGCCGCCGUGGGCAAGCUGAUGCGGCAGCUGCAUAACAUGACCUUCCUGCCGCUGGUGCCGCAGGAGGGUGCGCCGCACCCAGCGCACGCAGCCGGUAACGGCAGCGAGCUGCAGCAGUACCUGGCGACGGUGCGCGGCGACGCGUGGGCGCAGUUCAAGUCCCUGGCGGCUGGCUACAGCGGGUGGCUGGAGCAGGAGUACAGCCUGAACCAUGUGACCAGCAAGCUGCCGCUGGACCUGGUCAAGAAGGUCCUGGACCUCGGGGACCGCGUCAACUUCCUGCACGUGGUGGGCCGCCGCGUCGACCCCGGCCUGGCGAGCUUCAUGGCCGACAAGCUGCAGCCACUCUUCAACCACUUCGACAAGAUGACGGCUGGGCGUCUGGUGGGCGGCAGCCUGGCCAACGCCAUGGGGGACGCGGUGCGCGGCGCCGCCUGGAGGACGCUGCGGCAGUUCGUGGACCACGUGCUGGAGGUGGCGGGCGGCAGCGUGUCGCGGCAGGAGCUGAAUGACUUCAGGAAGGACCUGGCCAAGACCAGCCCCCUGGCGGCCCAGGGCCUGGCCAUGCUGCUGGACGGCCCGCCCUCGCCGCCGCCCCCCGCGGAGGCCGAGGGCCGCUCCCUGGGCAGGACGGGCUACCAGGAGUACCACGACGGCUACGGCAGCCACGGGUCCUACGACGACGCGUACACCGUGGUGCAGAGCUACGGGUCUGGGGGUUACGGCGGCGGCGGCGGCGGCUACGCGGCGGGCGUGCACCUGGACCCGUACCUGAUCCUGGCGGGGCUGGGCGCGGCGGUGCUGCUGGCGUACCUGGCCUACCGCGUGCUGGUGACCACCGCGGCGGCGGAGCGCGGCUUCAGGGGCGGCCUGGGCGACCUGGCCUUCGUGGACCUGUCCGACACGCCCUCGGUGCUCACCUCCCUGCACGGACUGCUGGACGACGCGCACGUCAAGUACGACGUGAAGCGCGCGGCGCCGAGGGACGAGAUGGACGACUUCACCGACGCGCUCAACGCCCUUUGGCGGGAGCACGAACAGCCCGACGGCUGCGUGCGCUGCGCCCUCUUUGACGCCACCCUCGGCCAGGCCAGCGUCGGCCACGCCUCCGUCCCCGCCCUCGCCACGUCGUGGGUGGCUCACCUCCUGGGGGCCAAGAGGUCAGGCCAGCUCCUGGACGAGGUCACGGGGCAGGUGUUGGAGGGGCUGCCGGUAACCUGCCGCCGUCACGACCACACCUGUGACCUGCUGUAGCCUGGCACACCGAGGGGCCGCCCGGGGCAUUACUUGUGUGUGUGUGUGUGUGUGUGUGUGUGUGUGUGUGUGUGUGUGUGUGCAUUAUACAGUACUCUUGCCGUAGUUUAGGUUUACCUUUAGAGAUAACUAUUACGUAAGCUGCAAGGUCGCGAUAGAUCACAGAUGUUCCUGAGGUCAAGAGAAGCUGCGUAAGGAAUGUUAGGUCACGUCAGGUCACGUUAUCUUUCAGAGGCUUGAUGUGUUUAGUGAAUAAGUAAAGUCUUGCCACUGC